AAAUUGUGUUUGGUUUUACUUUCCUCUCUCUGCUCAGAUCAUCGGCCAUGGAUUCUUCUUCAAACCUCACUCCGCUUCCUGAAGACGCACCCGAAUCCAACCUACCACCACCCCAACCCCGCCCUCUCUCCGCCUUCGCCGCCCGCCCCGAUCGCCCCGCUACUCAGAGUAGCUCCCAGAAGUUCGCCGCUUUAGAUUGGAAGCCCUAUUUCGACACAGAAGACGACAUCUCCAUUCCGGGCUCCGACGACGUGUUUCAUGUGUAUAUGGCAGGAACCGAGGGUCCGGUUGUCUUUUGCCUUCAUGGAGGUGGCUACUCUGGGCUUUCAUUUGCCUUGUCAGCAAGUCAAAUCAAGGAGAAGGCUCGAGUAGUUGCCAUGGACUUGAGAGGACAUGGAAAGACGAUGACAGAAAAUGAGACUGAUCUAUCUAUCGAGACCAUGUGCAAUGAUGUUCAGGCUGUUCUGAAAGCAAUGUAUGGAGAUUCGCCUCCUGCAAUUGUGCUUGUUGGACACAGUAUGGGAGGAUCAGUUGCUGUGCAUGUUGCAGCAAAAAAAGCACUGCCUAGCUUGGCUGGGCUGGUUGUUGUAGAUGUUGUAGAGGGAACAGCUAUGGCUUCGUUGAUACAUAUGCAAAAAAUUCUAUCAGGCCGAACACAUCAUUUUUCAAGCAUUGAAAAAGCGAUAGAAUCGACUGUAAAGGGAGGCUCCUUAAGAAACAUUGAGUCUGCCCGUGUAUCAGUACCUACCACAUUAAAGUAUGAUGAUUCAAAGAAAUGUUACAUUUACAAAGCACGACUCGAGGAAACAGAACAAUAUUGGAAAAGCUGGUAUGAAGGCCUUUCUGAAAAGUUUCUAUCAUCUCCUGUUCCAAAGCUCCUGCUUUUAGCUGGAACAGACCGACUUGACAGAACUCUGACAAUUGGUCAAAUGCAAGGCAAGUUCCAAAUGGUUGUUGUCAGACAUACUGGGCAUGCCAUACAAGAAGAUGUACCUGAUGAAUUUGCAUCACUAAUAAUAAAUUUCAUAUCUCGUAACCGUAUAGGCCCACAUGGAGUUGAGAUUCCAGGACUUCGUCGGCCAUCCCAGCCCACACCUUGAAUCAGAAAUCCAGAAAAACGAAUAGGGCUGUUUCCUCGGAUAUUGACAUAGAUGAUAUACAUUCUUGGGAUUACCCGUAUCUUGUCUUCUGGAAGUGUGACGAAAUGAUAAUAGUCACCCUAUGUAUAACAGCAAUAACACUAAAGCACAGUGAACAUGAAUAGUGUAUUUAUGAAUAAUGAAAUUUCUAGCC